AUGAGCGAAAAGCUCACGCGAAUCGCCAUUGUUUCGAACGAUAAGUGCAAGCCUAAAAAAUGUAAACAGGAAUGUAAAAAGUCAUGCCCGGUGGUGCGAAUGGGAAAACUCUGUAUCGAGGUCGAUGGAUCAUCGAAAGUGCCUCCUGACUGGCAAGAGAUUCUGAAGCAUUUUCGAGGUUCGGAACUUCAAAACUACUUUACCAAGAUUUUAGAAGAUAACUUGAAAGCCCUUAUCAAACCCCAGUAUGUUGACCACAUUCCCAAGAUGGUCAAGGGUAAGGUGGGUGAAUUGCUGGAUGGAAAGAAUGACGCAAAUAAGAAGCAGGAGAUGUUGGAUAUCUUAGAUCUCAAUGACGUGGUGGACCGAGAAAUUUCGCAACUCAGUGGAGGAGAACUUCAGCGAUUUGCCAUAGCGAUGAGUUGUGUUCAGAAAGCUGACAUUUAUAUGUUCGACGAACCCUCGUCCUACCUCGAUGUCAAACAAAGAUUGAACGCCGCUCGGACAAUACGGUCACUUCUCAAUCCAUCUUGCUUUGUUAUUUGUGUCGAACACGAUUUAUCAGUCCUGGACUACCUUUCAGACUUCAUAUGUUGUCUCUACGGACUGCCUGGAGCCUACGGAGUAGUAACGCUUCCUUUCUCCGUCCGAGAAGGUAUCAAUAUCUUUCUGGACGGUAUGAUCCCUACAGAGAAUUUGCGUUUCCGCGAUGAAUCACUCCAUUUCAAGAUCGCAGAUUCAGCAGAGGACAUGGUGAUAGAAUCUUCGCGUAGCUAUCAAUAUCCAGGGAUGACCAAAACGCAAGGCAACUUCAAGUUACACGUCAAACCGGGAAAUUUCACCGAUUCUGAGAUUAUCGUGAUGUUGGGCGAGAAUGGUACUGGCAAGACCACCUUUGUAAAGCUCAUUGCAGACAAGAUCAAACCAGACGAGGCCGACUUAUCUCUACCAUACAAUCCAGAAAGAGUUUCACUCAAACCUCAAACUAUUGCACCCAAAUUUCCUGGAACUGUUCGGAUGCUACUUAUCAAGCAGAUCAAAGAGAAUUUCCUGGCUCCUCAAUUCAUUGCCGACGUCAUCAAGCCUCUGAACAUCGAAGGGUUGAUGGACCAAGCAGUAACAACUUUAUCUGGUGGUGAACUUCAGCGUGUUGCGUUGAUCUUAGCCUUGGGCAAACCUAGAACAGAUAUAUAUCUGAUUGAUGAACCGAGUGCAUACCUGGAUUCAGAACAACGUAUCAUCACAUCCAAAAUCAUCAAGCGUUAUAUCAUGUCAGUCAAGAAGACGGCCUUCAUUGUCGAGCACGAUUUUAUUAUGGCGACCUAUUUGGCCGAUCGUGUGAUAGUCUACGACGGUAAACCAUCGAUCGAAGCCACAGCUCACUCUCCACAGGCUCUUCUAGGAGGAAUGAACAAGUUCCUUUCUUCCUUGGAGAUCACUUUCCGACGUGAUCCGUCCAAUUUCAGACCGCGAAUCAAUAAGACGGACUCCUUGAAGGACAAAGAGCAGAAAGCCGCGGGCUCGUAUUUCUUCCUGUUUGAUGCAUCAUGCCAGAGGGUCAGAUAUGAUAGCGGAAAACUGUCACUAGAAGCUCGUCCUGUGUCUGGCUUCUCUGCGCAGGCGACAUGGGAACUUGUGACCGCCGAUUGUCGGCAUAAUGCCAUUUCGAGUGUAUACAGCCUCGGUCAAUAG